AUGCGGGCCCAUAUCCUCUCCGCGCUUCUACUGCCAGCUUUGGUCAUGUGCAGACUCAUUCCCGCAUCUGGAUACGUGCAAGAUACACAGGGCACUGGUGCCAUGGCAGGACCAAGUCCAGCACCCACUCCUACCUCGGGCUUGCCUCUAGAGACUUUGAUAGCCGACCAGGAUAGCGUUGAAGCCCGUCAAGUCCCAGCCAUCGCUCCGGUCGAGAACGCGCCUGUUCUGCAACCAACGGCUGCUACCACCACUCUUUCAGUCACAACUUCUGUCCCAGCCAUUCUACUUCCCGUCAACCCACCAGGGGUCGCUCCCGUCGAUCCAAACAUCGCUGUCCCUGUACCACCUGCGCCCAUAGCAGCCCCAGCUCCAAUCAUCGUCCCUCCAGUCAAUCCUGUACCACCACCAGUCCCAGCCCCUCUGCCUAAUGAAAUCCCGCCUGCACCUGCACCCGCCCCACCAGCUACGUCGACUACUGUUGCUGGAUCACUCGCAACAGGACCGUUCAGCAACGUGCCCUUUGUUACCGUACAAUGGGGUGAGACAUUCAUCGGCGGUACCUACUCGACCUGGGUACCAUAUACGAUUUCCUUGGACUUCAAACCGGAAAGAACGGCGGCUCCGAUUCCAGGAAAGGGAAAUAUCGGCAUGGGAACACUGACAGGCGAGACUGGACAGACUCAGACGGUGGCGGUGGUAGAGGGUGCUGCUCCUACACCAGUCGCACGCUGGGCCAAGGGUGUUGCUGCCGUAGUCGGUGUAGGCAUUGCAGGUGUCAUAUAAGCCAGGGGUUCAGAAGAGAUAACAGCUACAGGCCUCGUCAGGGGGCGAUGGAGAGGGGAGGUCGAGAUUCGUCUCAACAGAUGUAGCGUUGGACACGUCACUACGGCUUAUGAGCUUUAUGACUACGAGACAAACAUUGUACGAUAACGAUAUGAGAAAAACCAGGGG